GACAUUUUUUUUUCCAGAGAGGAAGUGCGGGAAGCGGGAGGAAAACGGGAGAGGGAGCCCGACUCGCUGCAGAUGCCGAAGCGGGCGAGGCGGCGGCGGCGGCGUCUCCGAUGGGGAGCUCGUUCGGCAGGAAAGCCCGCCGCUCCCCGCCUCCCUUGCCGGCCCUAUAGCCUCGGCCGACUCGCUCGAGCCAAGCGGCUCCAGGCGCCCCGACCAGAAGCCGCCUCCGUCGCCCGCCGCUUGCGGCCGCCAGCUUCUCCCACCACCCGCUCCCCGAGGCAGCACCCAUGGCUGCUCCGCCCGGCCAGCUUCUGCAGUGCAGCGUCCGGCUGCUUCGCCUCAACGAGGAGCAGCUCCGGGAAGGGCUGCAGGUCGCUCAGCCUGCCCAGGGAGCCCUCCGCCUGCAGCUCUGCACGCGGGACGACGGAGGCGCCGAGGUGGCCGUGACAGACGUUGAUGGGGUGUGUGUAUAUAAAUGCUUGGUUAAUAAAGAUACUGAAUAUUGCCGUGUAGGAAAAGAAUCCAUUUUGAUAACACUUGGUUACAACAGCGCCUUACUACAAUUCACAUCACAUUCUGAAUAUAACAUGUUUUCAAAUACACUGAACAGCUGUAGGAAUAUAAAUAAGGAACAUUCUGUAUUCAGUCAGAGAACAGAAGACUCCUCUGCAUCUCAGUAUUUUCAGUUUUAUGGAUGCUUAUCUCAACAACAAAAUAUGAUGCAGGAUUUUGUAAGGACAGCUACAUAUCACAGAGCAAUACUUCAGAAUCAUACAGAUUUUAAAGAUAAGGUGGUCCUAGAUGUUGGAUGCGGAUCAGGUAUUCUUUCAUUUUUCGCUGUGCAGGCUGGUGCUAGAAAAGUUUAUGCUGUUGAAGCUAGCUCAGUGGCCAAGUAUGCUGAGAUUUUAGUCCAGAGUAACAAUGUGGCUGAUAAGAUCAGUGUUCUCUCAGGAAAAAUUGAGGAAAUCACCCUACCUGAAAGUGUAGAUGUUAUAGUUUCUGAGCCGAUGGGUUACAUGCUAUUCAAUGAAAGGAUGCUGGAAAGUUACCUUCACUCCAAAAAAUGGCUGAAGUCCAAUGGAAUGAUGUUUCCAACAUUUAGUGACAUUCAUUUGGCUCCUUUUUCCGAUGAACAACUCUACAUGGAACACUACUCCAGAGCCAAUUUUUGGUAUCAGCAAUGUUUUUAUGGGGUAAAUCUAUCCAGUCUCCGUAAUGCAGCUGUAGAUGAGUACUUCAGACAGCCCAUUGUAGACACAUUUGACAUUAGAAUUUUGAUGGCCCGGACUGUGAAAUACACUGUCAGUUUUCUAGAAGCUGAAGAGGAAGAUUUGCAUAGAGUGGAAAUCCCUUUUGUAUUUCAAAUGAUGCAAUCUGGAUUAAUUCACGGCUUGGCAUUUUGGUUUGAUGUGGCAUUUGUUGGCUCACUGGUAACCGUUUGGCUCUCCACUGCUCCAACAGAGCCUCUGACCCAUUGGUAUCAAGUGCGCUGCCUUUUUCAAACUCCUCUCUUUGCCAAAGAAGGGGAGACACUUUCAGGGGAAGUCUUAUUUGUAGCAAAUAAACGGCAGAGUUAUGACAUCCAGAUUGUUGCCAUAGUGGAUGAGACAGGCUUUAAAUCAGGAAAUGUGCUUGAUUUAAAGAAUCCAUUCUUUAGGUACGCUUAGAUUUGAUGAAACUAACCUGCUAGAAGAACAGCCAGGAUUAUAAACAAACCAAGGAGUCUAUGAACAGUUAAAUACGAGCAUAUUGGCAUUGCUGCUUCUGUGAAAUCUGUAUGUACGUAUUAAAAAAAUAUUUU